ACGUUAUCAUUUAAACAUACGACAACUAUUGCUCAUAACACGUGGAUAUAUAUUUCUUAAUUUAUUGGAAGUAUUGUAUUUGUUUGUUGGAUAAUAAGUUAUCUGGAUUACACACAAUUUAUAAUGACAUUCUCUGAGGAUAUUGCAGUUUUCAUGGAAUCGCAAAGAAAUGUAAACAACAUAGGGUUUGCACUGAAAAAGUUGCUAGUGAAGGCACAGGAAGAUGGUAGAAUCGUGGUGGGAGUUUAUGAAUGCGCACAGAUCUUGCAAAAUUCUCCAGAAACAGUUCGACUGUGCUUGCUGCCAGAGAUGGCCGAAACAGACGUGACAGUUCAAAUUCAUCAUAAACUUGUUGAAGCUUUCUGCUGGGAAAAUGAUAUCGAAGUCGUUAAGGUUGACAGUUUAAAAAAAAUGGAAAAGGUGCUAAUCGGCGAGGAGGUGGAAGGGAAUGGUAUUGAAUGUGUGUUGAUACAGAACGCCAAGACAGACGGCAGUGCUGAUGAGUUCAUAAAUAACUACUAUUCCAUGUUAGCCAACCAAAGUCCUGUUAUUGACCUGCCUGAAUGAAGAAAAUCCAGGGUUUUCAUUGAACUUUCCAGGAAGCCAAAACCUGGUCAAUCAAAUUAAUCUACAUAGACAGAAAAAGUCAGCUUCAAGAGGACGUCAGAUGACAACUCUGGAGAACCAUAGACAGAACACAUGACUAGCACCUCAACUGUUGCAUACCGUUUGCAAUAGGUAGUACAAUUACUACUCUGAUCCAGUGCUGCACCAAGAAUGUUCCUACCAUAACCGUGCUCAUCAUUGAUAAUCAACUGUUGUGAACUGCUAGCAACAUAUAACAUCAGUCAUUAUAUGGGUGUCAGAAGACUGUGAAUAUUUCAGAUCGUCGUGGCAUACGUAAUUAGACUUAAAAGAUCAUGUUCGUGAUAGAUAAAUUUUAUUGCAUAUAUCAAUGUAAUGAUUCAGAACUUUAGAGCAUAUAUUCAUUGUGCUCCUACAGUAAUUGUUAGCCAAGAUUGGACAUCGUUUGCUUUAAUUGUGUAUUAUCAUUUAGUUUAUGUACAUUUAUGACUUCAAACAAACAUGACUCAUUUUGUGAAGUAUAUGAAAGUUUAUAAAUAUAUAUUGUAUAAACUUUCACUGUUUUUAAUUAUAAAAUAGAAAAUGUUUAUGAAUAAAUAUUUGAAAAUAUUUUAA